AUGGACGACUGCCCAAUCGUCUAUGUGUCCAACGCAUUUGAACGACUUACAGGAUAUACCGAGAAAGAGAUUGUCGGACGCAAUUGUCGCUUUUUGCAAAGUCCGGACGCAAAGGUUGAGAAAGGCGAGUCCCGAAAGUUCGCCGACUCCUAUACUGUUAGCCGUUUAUGCGACGCUGUCGGGCAAGUCGCCGAAAUCCAGGUCAGCAUCAUUAAUUACAGAAAAGGGGGACAGCCGUUCAUGAAUUUGGUGACGAUGGUUCCCGUGCGCUGGAACACCACGGAUUAUUAUGUGGGGUUUCAAGUCGACUUGGUCGAGCGGCCAGAAGCUGUCACGGCCAGAAACCCUGAUGGAACAUAUAUGAUAGAUUACCAUCGGAGUCAACUACCUGCUUACGUCGUCCCUUCUCCGGAUAUAUACCAGGAUGACCAUUUGCCGGCCACCGCAUUCAAUUUGAGUCAAGUUUCACUAAUCCUCAACGGCAUUGCCAGAGGUCAGACAGUAGCUAUGAAUCAUAUGCAUCAUAUGCUGGUCGAAAACACAGAUGAUGUGAUUUUCGUGUUGUCUUUUGAAGGAGAAUUUCUUUAUCUAUCGCCGUCAUGCCGAACAGUGCUAGAGUACAAGUCGAACGACCUCCUCGGCAAGACGUUAUCUGCUAUAUGUCAUCCUAGUGAUAUUGGUCCAGUAACCCGUGAUUUGAGGGCCUGCACCACUGGUGAUCCUGUGAGCUUGAUAUAUCGUAUUCGGAGGAAGAAAAAAGGCUAUACCUGGUUCGAGAACCACGGAGGAUGGCACAUCACUGAACGAGGCCGACAAUUCAUGGUCCUUGUCGGCAGACUCCUGCCCAUUUAUUCCCCCGAGCAGCUCGCCAAGGUUCAGCGUGGUGGGCUGGCAGAGAACGACAUCUGGGCGAAGUUGUCCCUUUCAGGAAUUAUCCUCUUCAUGUCCUCGAAAUCUCGCGCAGUUCUCGGUCGGUCAUCUGACGAUCUCAAGGGCAAGCGCAUGCAAGAUAUCCUUGUAAACGACGACUCAUACCAGGAGCCAGGAAUCCAGCAAGCCCUCGAAACCUCGCGUAACAACCAGCAAACCACCUUCACUCAUAAAAUCCGUCACCGGAAGGGCCAUAUUUUCCCUGCCCAAAUCACCUUAUAUCCGGGCGACAUAACGGAGCACGCUACAAAACCCGCAUUCUUAAUCGCGCACCUCCGCUUUCCAAAGCAACUUCAGCUGCAGUCAUUAAGCACUGAAGAGCAGAACCAAAGUCAAAGCCAAAGUCGAAGCCAAAGCUCAAGCGACGCCGGCCUUGGGGAUUCCAACCCUCGCCAGGCCCAGCAGCAAGUUGAAUCUCACCUAAAACCGCACCCGAACUUCCCUCAGCCCACUACCUCCUCCGCAACGAUAACCGUACCCUCAUCAGCCAACCCCGCUGAAUCACCCACCGACAUCGGCCCACACCUCUUCGAAGAACUCAACCCAACUCGCGGCUCAAGCUGGCACUUUGAGCUGCGCGAGCUUGAAAAGCAGAACCGCCAGUUGGCGGAGGAAUCGCAGCGUCUCACUGCCCGCAGACGAAAGCGAAAGAGAAAGCAAAGUGCUGCGGUCGUGGAGAAGAAUUGUGCUAUGUGUGGGACUAGCACAACGCCCGAGUGGCGGAGAGGACCGAGCGGGAAUCGGGAUCUCUGUAAUAGUUGUGGGUUGAGAUGGGCGAAGCAGGUGAGAAGUGCUGGCGCGGUCCAGGGACAGGAGAAGUCCGGUGGAUGA